AACCUCGUCAACUUUCUCGCUUACUUGUUUCUUACCUACUCCAUAUCAUCAAUAUCUAUUCGGGUUUAUUGAAUUGAUUCGCACAAGAAUGAAGGUCGUUACUACAAUCGUCGCUACGCUAUCAUCAGCCGGCUUUGUCCGCGCUCAUGUCGCGGCGUUUACAAAGGGCAUGUACUGUCUGAACGGUACGGAACCUGGAGUGGAAGAUUUAAACACCAACACAGUUGUAAACCCCCUUUUCCAACUCCCGAAGAACCAGUGGUGGAUGCAACACGAUCGCGGCUGCGACUCGGAUCAGUUCCGUCCUUCCCCCGGCGAUUUUCUGGAGCUCCCGGCCGGCGGAUCCUUUACCAUCGAGUUGGCCCACAACCGCGCCCAAACCACCCUCUCUUACGACGGGAAAUUUACGUCGGAGUGGCCGGACGGAAAGGAGCACCCCGAAGACUGGCACAGCCCAAACAACAGAGACUGCCUCCUCGCUAACCCGGAUGGUUUGGGGGGCGCAAUGCAUACACACAACGAAUCGACCGCCGCCGGCACCGCUUUCGCUAUCUCCUAUAACUCGGAUAUCUCCAAGGUGACGAUGGAGAACUUGGCGGUGUUUACCGUCCUAGAGCACACACCAUGGAAACGUCUAGCCACAUACCAAGUGCCUCGCGACCUGCCAUCAUGCCCCGAAGACGGCUGCUACUGCGCGUGGCUGUGGAUCCCAGACGGAUGCGGUGAACCAAACAUGUACAUGCAAAACUUUAAGUGCCGCGUUACCGGCUCUAAUUCUACGAGAACUGUUGCUCCCGCUAAAGCACCAGUAUACUGCGGUGACGGAAAUGCCCCCUGUGUUUCCGGAGCAAAGCAGAUGAUUGCUUGGAACCAGGCUGAAGGGAAUAACGUGGAGACACCUGCCGGCGUGUCUCCAGGUUACAACCAGAAGAUGGGUUGGCAGCCUGGUGCGCAGAACGACAUUUUCCAGUGAGCAUAGAAGUUCGAUCCUUUACUUACUCGAAAGGAGAUCGUAAUAAGUCUUGGAUUCCACGGUUUUUGUAUUAUAUAUAGAUAAGGUACUUUGGCUAGCCGUAGC